UUGCACACAAUUCAUGCGCGUGAACUUCUCUCCAUCUCUCUCACAAUCACACAGUCUCUGUCAACAGAACUUUCCAAGAAAACGAUAAAAGAAAAAAAGGGAAAAAAAUUAAAAAAACCACGAUCAAAUCAAUUGAAUAACAUCUCUUCUACGCGUAAUUCUUUUAUCCUCUUCCCAAAACCCUAGCUUUCUCUCUCCGCGUCUCCACUAUUCGAUUCGCAGCUCCCCAGCUAUGUCCGGCGAAGACAAGCCAGAUCCCGACACUUGGGAGCUCCGCCACAACACCGCCGCCGCCGACAAUUCCUUCUUCUACGCCACUGACGACUACAAAGAGAGCACCAUACUCAGCGAGUUCGGCUGGAAUAUCCCGCCGGAUUCCAAUCGCCACUGCGAUUUCGCCGAUUUUCCCCCGAUCGAGCCGGAUUUGGCACCGAGCCGCAUGGUGGAGGCCUCGCCUUCGAAUCCGUCGGUAUCUUCGAGCUCGUCGGACGAUCCGCCGGAGAAAUCCUCCGUCGCCGCCGCGAAUCCGCCGCCGGACACAGCGGGCAAGCCGAAAAAGAAGGGACAAAAGCGAAUUCGGCAGCCACGUUUCGCCUUUGUCACUAAAAGUGAAGUUGAUCAUCUUGAAGAUGGUUAUAGAUGGCGAAAGUAUGGUCAAAAAGCAGUGAAAAACAGCCCAUUUCCAAGGAGCUAUUAUCGAUGUACAAACAGUAAAUGCAUGGUAAAAAAGAGAAUAGAACGGUCAUUCGAGGAUCCCUCAGUUGUAAUAACAACAUAUGAAGGGCAACAUAGUCAUUACUCAGUUGGAUACCCUAGAGGUGGUAUGGUAACUCAGGAACCUGCAUUUCCCAAUUACUUAACACCUUCUUCUAACAAUCCACACUUGCCAUACCAUCCUAGACUUCCUCAUCCGCCGCAGCCGCCUCUUCAGCCUGCCGCCGGCAGUAGUGGCGGAGGAGAACCCCGUGCACCACCACCACCGGGGGAAGGACUCCUUGGGGACAUCGUGCCGCCUAGAAUGCGAAAUAAUGGGCCAUGAUAUUCGAUGGUAUUAUUGCUAAGCAUGUUAUGAUUUGUCAUUACAGAGUUUUGUAUCCUUUAGUUAUUUUUGUGGGGACUCUAAUCUAAUGUGCUCCAUAAUCUAAUAUUGCUAAGAAUAUAUGGGUUUAGGGUAUUCUAUGUAUAUAUUGUCUAGUAAGAGAUGAUUGUUGGACUGAAUAAGGUCCUUUGCAGAUUUAAUUUUGGUAUACAAAGUUCACAUGAUUCUGAUAA